AUGAAUAUAUUUUAUAAUCAAGCGCUUAGGCAGACUCAGAACUUAAAAAAAGACUUGAAUUCAUUUCAAUCAUCUAUUACAGAUAAUAUUUCAUCAACACUUCCACUUCAAGGUCAAAUAACUGUGAGUUUAAAUUCUCUUUCUAGGACUAUUCAUGAAUAUGAAACAAUGUCAAAAAAAGAAAUGAAUAUAGAAAAACAAGAAAAGGCUAUUUCAAGAGUUAAGGAGUUUAAAAAACAGUACUCAGAAUUAAAAGAAAAAUUUGAUGAUCUUAAAAUGAAACAUAAACAGAUGGAGCAUUUAAAUCAAAAAAACGAACUUUUAGAACGCCGAUUCCAUACAAAUACAUUACCAGAAAACCCAUAUGAACAUGUGAAAUCUGAUAACUUAAAUGAACAGAGAAAUUUUAAUUUGUCAACAAGUGAUUUUUUAAAGAAUACCGAUUCACAAUUAGAUGAUUUUUUAGGACGAGGACAAGCCAUACUUAAUGAUUUAAUAGAACAAAAACUUUAUAUAAAGCGAGUGCAGCGGGAAAUUUAUAAUGUUGGAAAUAUUUUAGGACUUAGUAAAAGUACAAUUAAAUUUAUUGAGAGAAGAAUUUUGCAAGAUAAAAUAUUGUUUUGGGGAGGAGUUAUAUCUACAUUAUUUUUCUUUUAUUUAAUAUAUCAUUGGUUAGGUUGA